AUGUCUCUCGAAUGGACACACGAGUUCUGCCUGGCUUGCGACAAGCAAACCGACGGCACAACAUACUGCUCUGAAUCCUGCCGGCUAGCCGAUUAUGAGAAGACAUCAUCAUCAUCGAGCUCUGCAGCGAGUUCCCCGACGUUAAGCGAGUCACCGUGCGAUUGGUCCUUCACCAAGCCGGCAACGACAAGUACCACCAAGUUCUACCUGUCCCCGGCCUACGACUUCAGUCUCGCCUCUCCGAGCACGCGGAGGGAAUCGACCCGUCCGGCUCUCUCACCCUCAACGUCGCACUCCAGUCUAUGCUCCAUACGGACCAACUCCUCUGCGGGACUCGACCCGGCGCAGCUGUCUGAAAAGGCGACAAGGGAGCUUCGAGCAUAUGCCCGCUCUUUCGAAUCCGUUCGGCUUCAGCGCAGACGAUCAUACUAG